CCUAACUUGCAUGUUUUUGACAUUGACAGGUUUAUCAUUUCUUCGUAGUGCUUAUUAAGUUUAGUGAAUAUCAUCCUUUAAUCAAGAAUUUAUCAAUUAAAAUGACGCUGUAUCAUUUUGGAAAUUGUGUAGCAUUAAUCUACGUACCAUAUUACUUAACAUACAAGUAUUCUGGCCUUUCUGAAUAUGGGGCGUUCUGGAAGUGCAUUCACGCCGGAAUGAUUUACAUGUUCACCCAGCUGUGCAAAAUGUUAAUUUUGGCCACGUUCUUCCCUGAUAGCGACUCUGAUUUAGGCAGUAAUAUUCUAGGAGAAUUUAUGAAAUCAACUGUAGAUAUAGCUGACUUGAUUGGUCUUUACUUUGUCCUCUCUGGAAUACCUGGAAAAGGCCACAGCAAAGUCCUAACAGCUGGAAUUGGAUGGGCAACUGCAGAAGUAAUCCUCUCCAGAGCACUGCUCCUCUGGGUGGGCGCACGUGGCGCCGAAUUUGACUGGAAAUACAUCCAGAAAUGUUUCGACUCAAAUAUCAUGCUUAUUCAACAUAUUGCUUCAGCCACUCUCAUCUGGUUGUGGUCUAGGCAUGAUCUCUCACAGAGUUUGAAACCAAUUGUUACAGCUCUGCUGGUAUUCACUGCAUAUAAAAUGAUGGCGUUGGAUACUGUAGCCAAAGUAUUACUUGUAGGCCCUUGGAUGAUGCUUUUAAUCAAAGCAUUUGUCACUUUGGUCACUGGAGGCGUCACAUUAACCAUUUAUUCUGGUCUAGCACAGAGUAUUGGUAUUUUUAGAUAAGAUUACUUGGGUGGUAUAGUUACAAAGUAAUAUUAUCUUGUUAUAAAAGAAUUUCAAUUAAUUCAAAAUAUUGUAUUUAAUAUUUAUGUGUUUUUGGUCGAGUUUUCAUCAAUAUACGAAUAUAUAACGUAGCAAA